UACCAGCGUUUCCUCCACGACAUGAGGGAGGCCGUAAAACAGUCACUACUGGAAAACAAAGCGGUCCAAGAAAACCAGAGACGCUUGACUGAACACAUUCGUAGUUCGGGCCUACAUAUGAGGAAUGAAAUACCCAGUGACGGGAAUUGUUUAUUCCACGCCAUCGCAGACCAGCUGGAGCGCCUAGGGGAAAAAGGACUCAAUCACUCUGACCUGAGGAAGCUGUCUGUAGAAACUUUGAGGAAUGGUGUACCUGGUAUUUCCAAUGAUGACAUCUCUUCAUUCGUGCCGAAUAAUGACUUGGAUACCUAUUUGACAAACAUGAGUAAGGAUCGCACAUGGGGUGAUCACAUUGUCCUUGUUGCUCUGGCCAAUGCCCUCGAAAAAACAAUUCGAGUGGUUACAAGCCAUGAGGGAGACUGCUAUGAGGUUGUUGUGGAGACCAAAAACCAACAAGGAGCUCCAAUCCUGUUGGGACACCUGAGUGAAAAUCACUACGUUAGUUUGGAGCCAGAGGCCGAUAAAACCACCAAAGCGGAAGGUAUUCCAGCAGAUUCCAUUGCAAUAAAUCCUCCUUGUAUCUCAUAUAUCAAAAGGUGAACUCACUAGCUGACAGGUAUAU